UAUUUUUAAAUCGGGGAUUUUUCCAAUACGGAAGCAAAACAACUAGUAAUUGUGUUGCAUUUUCUGUUUUAUUUCUGCGAAGGUGUGAUCGGUAUUUCUUCAUUUCUGUAUAAUGUGAGCAAUACUUAUUCGGGAUUUAAAAAUUCGUAUCAAAAGUAACAAAAACAAUUAACCUUUAAGAAAACUAAAAGGACAAAACACUGGGAGGCCAUUAUUGUCGGUAGUAUGGCUCAUGUUAGAUAUGAUAAAUGGAGUUCGGCAAUUUCACCAACUAUGACGUUUUCUCAGUUCAUCAAACAAGUAGCAGAGCAUGUUCUAGCUCGGGAAUUUGCAAUGCCCUUGUCCGGAUUGGCACUAGCAAUCAGGAACGAUCCUAGCUGUAAAUACCUUCAACUAAAACCGAUAACUCUUCACAAGAUUUUACAGAGUUACCCUGACUCUUUCAAAUUCCAAGGUGCGAGAGAGGAUCCCGAAGUUUCGCUCCGUCUUUCCAUAGAAAUUUGUAAUAACGUAAGGAACUGUCCAGGGUUCCCUCAAUGCAAAGAUCUACACAUUUGUAGAUACUUCAUGAUGGACAACUGUAUCCAUACAAAAAGGAAAACAAGGGCACCAUGUCCGUAUCCCCAUUCUUUGGAUUCCAAACAAAACAGAAAGGUACGGCAGUACCAUAACUUGCUGUCUCUGGACAUUACCGCCCUUAAAAAGAGGAUGCAAGAAUCUGCUGAUUUUGCCAGUGAAGAGGCACCUGUUGAUUUGAAGCUUUGCUACUACUACACACGAAGAGUAUGUGAAAGGGAUGACUGUCCAUACCUACAUCUCUGCGAGUUUUUCGUCAAGGGAUCUUGCAAAUUUGGAAGAAGGUGUAAGAAAAACCAUGACGUUUGCGCGCGCGAUAUUGAAGCUAUCUUGAGGGAAAAUAACAUUGACGCGGAUGGAGAUGAGGAAGAUAUUCUAGAAAAUAUCAGAGCAGAACUAUAUGGCGAUGGUGAAGAAGAGAAUGAAGAGGAGGUCACUAGCGAAGAAGAGGAGAGUUUUGAACAACCAAAAAAACCAAAUCCAAAUCAGCAGAAUGCUGUCCCUACAACAAGCAGACGAAGCUACACAAACUUCAGAAAAAGGGAUCGCCAUUGAAAAUGAACAAAACGAAACUAAAGAUUAAAAAUGAAAUCCAUGCAAGGUGAAUCGAAAGAAAGAUCGGGCCUUGUCAAGAGGAGGAUGAUGUACAAAGGGUGUUUUGUAACAUUUACCACGUACAUAUGUAUUGGCACUUUUUAAUAUCACUUUUAAUAAUUUUUACAAUAACCAAUCAAGACUAGAUAGUUUUAGUUCUUUACUAUUUAAUUCGUUAGGAACAUGAGAGUUUUGUGAAAUAAAUGACUGAGUCGUCAGAAAGAUAAAUGAAAGGAAAAGAAGAUUUCAAGGAAAAAUACGUAACUUUAUGAAAAUCUAUGCAAUGACAUAAUCUCUAGGUUUAGAAACGAAACCAAAGUUUAAUGUUACAUCUGUGUAACAGUUAUUUAACUUUGCUAUUUUAUUAUAAGCAUGCACUGCACAUUUAUAUCAGGUUUAAUAAUAUUAAUAUCUGUAACGAUGUUUAUAUUCAAGACAACGAGAGACAUGCGAUAUUUAUCAAAUUUCUCGAAAGGAUUGUAGAUAGGGUUAAACACAACUCCCCAAUACCCAAAGAAACAUUCAAACAUAAUAAAACAAACAAACAAACAAAAAACAUGAAAAAAAAAACAUGCUUAAAAACAAAGGAAGAAUAAAAAUCGAACACAAAAUGAAUUUUACAAACACUCAACCCAACGAUAAACGCAGAGGUAUUAACAAAAAUGAAAAAAAAAACCGAGAGAAAUAAUGAUACCCCAAAAAAAACAUUUAAAUUAAAACCACGUUGACAGGGUUUUAUACGUAAAUGUGUAUGUAGUAUUCAAGUCGUAUAUAUCUAUUAUUAAUGUUACAUGUAUGUUAAAUUAGGUCUAAAUAAUCAUUUGAUAUGAAUAUUUGUUUUGUUUUUGUUUUUCAUUAAUUAUAUAUUAUUGCUUUUUGAUAGAAUGCUGGAACGUUUUUAAUUUUGUCUUUCAUGUUGUUUAGUUUUUUUUUUUUAAAUCAAUAUAGUUUGUCCUGCAAAAUGAUAUAAUACAAUCUGUAGUAAAAUGUAUGUGUACGUUUUGUGAUAUGAAGAUCGGUUCUGUAAAAUUACUCUCAAUUGAUAAUACAAAGUGUUAACAUGUCAAUUGAUUGAAUAAUUCUUAAUAAUUCGUUGUCAGUUGAUAAGUAGAUACAGUGUACAUGUAUGUGCAAGGUGUAUUGUGUCCUGGUAAAAUUAAGUUACAUGUAUUAUUAAACCUGUGCUUAAUCAUGCUAAUAUAUCUCUUUCUCCUUCUUUUUCAACGAUGUGUAUAACAAUAAAAGAUUUGUUGUCCAUAAUUACUCAUCAUUGUUGACAUAUGUCAAAGGUAAUGUUUUUAAUAAUUUAAAAAAUAUAUAGUGUAAACCUUAUUAUCUAUGUUCUUAUAGGUUUUGUUCUUAUUAAAACUUUCAUUAUCAGC